UGCAACACUAAAUAAAGAUUCUCCAGAGCCUUAGUGCGGCGGUUCUGUGACACAUAAGAAGACUAGAGGCAACUUUGGCUGCCCAAGGAGAUUGGUGAGGUUGAGCCGCUUGUUUGGUUCCCAGGAGGGACCGGCAAAGUUAAAUACUCCUGGAAAAGCCGAGUUGGGCCCAGCAGGUGUGGAGCUGCGCAAAUGAGAAGCGGGCACCACCAUGUUCCUGAAUAAGUGCGAGGGGGACCUGGGUGAGUUGCGGAAGCCGGGGGACAGUGAGGGCACCCCACCGGAGGCUGCCGAGGAGGAGCAGCCCAAGAAGAAGCACCGGAGGAACCGCACCACCUUCACCACCUACCAGCUGCACGAGCUGGAGCGCGCCUUCGAGAAGUCCCACUACCCUGACGUCUACAGCCGCGAGGAGCUGGCCAUGAAGGUCAACCUGCCAGAGGUCCGCGUGCAGGUUUGGUUCCAGAACCGACGAGCCAAGUGGAGGCGGCAGGAGAAGAUGGAGGCCAGCUCCAUGAAGCUCCAUGACACUCCUGUGCUGUCCUUCAACCGGCCCCCCAUGACCCCCAACGUGGGGCCCAUGAGCAACUCCCUCCCGCUCGAUCCAUGGCUGACGUCCCCCAUCUCCAGCGCCACCACGGUCCACAGCAUCCCUGGCUUCAUGGGAGCCCCUCAGGCCCUGCAAACCCCCUACGGUGGGCACUCCUUCCUCAACACCCCCCCACCAAUGGCGCAGGGCAUGCAGCCCAUGGCACCUGCACCCUACCAGUGUGGCACCACCUUUGUGGACAAGUACCCGCUGGAGGAGGUGGACCAGAGGAGCUCCAGUAUCGCCUCACUCCGCAUGAAAGCCAAGGAGCACAUUCAGACCAUUGACAAGACCUGGCAGCCCAUUUGAUGAACGCUCCCCUCCGGCCCC